AUGAAGAACGACGACACCCCUGUGCUCAGGCGAUGUCUCGUACCAUUUUGGUCCAAGUGCGAUUUGAACGUGAUUGGCACGCAUCGUGAGUGGCAGGAGCAUGAGAUCAAGAAUAAAUACUUUUAUUCGGGUGGCAAUUUACGCGAUUUCUUGUCGGAAAAGAUCACUGCCAGGGAUUCGAUUGACGAAGCUGUCGGUGUCGUCGAUUUGCCUGUUGCAGAACUUCUCAAUACCCAGUAUGCUGUUGUAUCUGUAAAACAGGUUGAUCGCUUACGGAUGACGGGAAUUCGAGCGAACGACCACAGCGAUUUGAACAAAGGCAUCGUACUACGAGGUGUUGUGGUCUAA